AUGUCAAGAACUCUAAUAACCCCAAUUUCUCACAAAUCCUCUUCAAUAACUGUCUUAUGCAGGACGUAUAGUAAAAAUGUGCCCUUCAAGACCAAUUCAUUUGGAAUUUAUCUUCCACAAUUCGAGAAAAUCUCAGGAACUUCCCAGCUGAGUAAAAUAAACGAAUCAGUUAACGAAAAACCAAGUAAAAUAUUAAGAACUCCGUCUCCAGUUUCAGGAAAUUCUACCAGUAGCUUUGAUACUCCAAUCAGGCAUACUCGAACCUUUACGAUGCCAAAACUAACAAACCCGUCAUAUUCAUUAAUGAAUCCUGCAGGAGAUAAAAAGCCGAAAGUUCGAAGAAGCCUAAAAAGAGCCCUCACAACGUUGAGAUAG